AUGAAGCUGAUCAUCUUCGCCUGCCUGGCCGCUGUCGCCCUCGCCCGCCCUCAGAAUCCCGACUCUGAGGCCGAGACCGUUUUGGACGAGAGGUCCGACAACGGCGACGGCAACUUCCAAUACACUUUCGAGACCAGCAACGGCAUCAGAUCCUCCAACGCUGGCACUCCUGGAUCUGAAGGCCAGAGCAACAUGCAGGGAUCAUACAGCUUCCUCCUUCCCGACGGGAACUGCUCCGCAUCGCUGAGGAACAGCGGGCGAGCGGAGUUCAGUUUUAGGAUUCUUGAGAAUUGUUUUCAUGACAACGAGCUCUUUUUUGACAUUAUUGUAAAUAAACCUACAAACCAAUGCAAUAAAAAUGUGCAUGUAUAUAAUGCGCUAAUCACAUUA